CCUUGCCUUUUGGCGGAUCCAUUUGUGGUGGGAAAUGAGUUGGGUGCAGUUGAAUCAGCGAAGGCAACCUGUAGUAGACUUGUGAUAUUUGUUUGUGUUUCUUCUGACCAGAGGGAGUGGGCUCUCCGUGUCACGCAACUUGGGUCAAUAUCUGUUAUCUCGCUUUGAUUUUAGGAACAUGGCACCAUUGCAAUUAGUGUUUUCUGGGGUAGCGUUAAGUGUGGAGGUGGAGCAAUUGAAGUCGAAGAUUUCUGGUGUUUGUGACGCCCGCCGUAUUUGGUGCGACGCAGUUCCGGUGGUGAAACAGGAGUCACUGUCAGUCCUUUUGAGUUUUGAGUCUUUACUCGACAAAGUAAUCUUAGGUUAUCAGUUAUCCUGUUAGGGCUUUUGUGUUAAAUCCACGGCGCUGUUUCAGGUGCACCGUUUAUGAUCGUCACAGCAGUAUGUAGGAGGACAUUUUCAAGAUGUGAGAAGUACAUGGGACAGAGGAUUGUGUAGUUUCGGUGGAUAAAGUUGUGUGUCAACUGUAGGGUUGAGGAAGUGUCUGUCCGGUGCGAGAGAGACAGGUGGAGGUGGCCAGAGUCAGAGUAGUGCAGGUGUCGUAUGCUGAGGCAGUGAAGAAAGUAGAGGAGGAUGGUUCAAGGGUGAGGGGUCCUGAGAGGAUGCCUGUGUUUAGUGUAUCUGUGCCAGCACAGAGGGAUAGGUCAACGAGUGAUAUAUGCAUCAGUAAGGUUGGCUUCUUAGCGUUCAUAGCUAUGGUUAUCAACUGUACCGCAUAAAUUGAAUGUAAAUCAGAGAAAAUAGAUGUUGUGGUGCAGAGAAGUAAUUGGGUAUACGAUAUUUGACUUCAGAAGUGUUACAGGGUGUGUUGAGUUGUGGUGUCCUGUCCUCCCAGGCCUGUGGCAUGGUCAAAGUAGUGGAAUGGGGUAGUGUUUUUUAAAAUGAGUGUAGCGUUAGUAGUAGGAACCAUGAGCUUGGCAAUCAGGGGACAAAUAACGACGGACUAGCGACGUUUUCGUCUUUUGUAUGAUGAUCAUGAUUAUUAUUAUUUUAGUUUUUUUAUUCGGUUCAUUACCCGUACAGUUGGUGGCGGCGUGCACUAUUGAAGAAUUGUUGCUACGUGAUGAUGUCGCUACGUUGAGACGCUCAAAUCGAUUGACACGUAGCUACAAUUACUGAACAAGGAAGAAAAUUAAAAGUAGAGAUAAAUAAAAUACAAGAAAUAAAGCUAGCUAGUUCCCACUCUACCCAGUUACACCUGAAGAAUGUCUACUCCAGCUUGGCAGUGUGCAUGUUCGUGGCUGCAGCAGGCUCCUAUGUCCAUGUUGUCACACGGCUCUUUCAGGGUGGUUUGCUGUCACUUCUGUGUUCCCUGGGCAUGAUGGUUUGGUUGUCCAUGAUGCCACACAACUCAGAGACAGAGAAGAAUAGACUGGCUAUCCUUGCAGGGUUUGCUUUCUUCACAGGUGUUGGUCUUGGACCGGCAAUGGACUUUGUCAUUACCAUUAACCCAAGCGUCAUUGUGACAGCCUUCCUUGGAACCUCCAUCAUCUUCAUUUGCUUCACUCUCAGUGCUCUGUACGCCAAGCGUAGGAGCUACCUCUACCUGGGAGGGACUCUGAUGUCUGGAUUGUCCAUCUUGUUCCUUGUGUCUGUGUUGAACAUGUUCUUUGGAUCAGCAAUACUCUUCAAGGCUCACAUGUACAUGGGACUGGUCAUUAUGUGUGGCUUUGUUCUGUUCGACACUCAGCUCAUCAUUGAGAAAGCUGAGAACGGAGACAAGGACUACGUCUGGCAUUGCGUGGACCUGUUCCUCGACUUUGUGACCAUUUUCAGAAAACUCAUGAUUCUUCUUGCCAUGAAUGAGAAGGACAAGAAGAAAGAAAAGAAGUAAAUGAAGAAAUCCAAUUGAAGUUUCAAAUAAAAAAUGAUCUGUGACAAGGAACAGAACCAGCAACAAAGCCUCUGUCUGCAAUGCUGUUGGUCCUUUUACUAUUCGUCCUUCUUUGUUAACUUAUGGUAUAUUGUUUUUUUUUGCUUUGUUUUGAGCUUGCAAAAGGAGGUUAAAGGCUGUAUUUUAAGCUACUGCUGCAGUGAUGAUGCUUGUCCUGUAGACGGAGUAGUUGUUCUAUGAAGGCCUACAUUCGCAGAGCUGUCUGAACAGUUGGUUUUUUUGCCAUUAAAAAAACAAAUACAAGAUUUUUCGGCAGGCUGUUAUGAGCUUUUGGAGAUUAAUCAUUGUUUUAUUUAAGUCGUAAUAUUUUGGUUCGUUGUCAGUGCUAUUCCCGCAAUCUUUUUUGUUUUGUUUAGUUUCUAGAAAGUAUGUGACUGACAUCAUGAACGGUCACAGGACAUCAUGACCUGUGAUAGCUUUUUCUAUUAUUGUCUACUGCUCCACUUAUGUAUGUUACCUUGAAGAAUAACCUUAUAAACAAUCUCUUGGUACCGUUUUGGUAAUUCAGAUGACCUUUCAUGAAGAUUUAGUGCACUUUAUGGUCAGACUGGUGAGCUUUUGUGGCACAAAAAGGACUGGUCAAGGCUGUAGAAUAGAUGGACCAACUGCCGAUGCAUUCUCUCGCAAGACUUUUGCCAAUUUGUAUUUUCUUUUAUGUUUUGAUCAUCUGUAUUCUGUGAAAAACACCUUUUUAUAAGUGUAAUAAUGAUAAUCUAAUUUGAUACAUUUAAAAAUGCUUAACUAAAUGCCUUUUUUUCAUUGCAGGACAUGCAUGCAAACAUGCUGAUACACAUUUCAAUUGCAAGUUAUAUGGUGUAAUUUUCUUGUAUUUAUUUGUGCUUCAGUGAGAACACAAGAAAUAAUCAUAAAAACAUUUUUUAAAGUAUGUUGA